AUGACGGAGCUGGGCGAAGCCGAAGCCGAGCUUGCUGCAGCGCAGGCAGUGUUGGAUGGCCUCAAUGCCCAAUUCCAGGAAGCCAUGGAUGGGAAGAAUGCUCUCGAGGAGAAGGCUAAUGCUACGAAGAACAAAAUGGACCAGGCUAAUAAACUGAUCAACGGACUCGGCGGGGAGAAGAAGCGUUGGACUGAGGAUGCCAACAACUUCGCAGAUCGGCGUAAACGGCUGGUUGGAGAUGUGGCCUUGUCCUGUGCCUUUGUGACCUUCUGUGGACCAUUCAACUCGGAGUAUCGAGACAAGCUCAACACAGAGUACUUCCUAGCUGAUACACAUCAGAGGAAGGUGCCGGCAUCUGAGAAGAUGGACCUUGUGGGGUUCCUCGUUGACCAAGGAACAGUCGGAGAAUGGGCUUUGGAAGGUCUGCCCAGCGAUGACCUUUCCGUCCAGAACGGCAUCAUGGUCACUCGAUCUAGCCGCUAUCCUCUCAUGGUUGAUCCACAAGGACAAGCCCUAAGGUGGAUCAAGAGUAGGGAAAGUGAUCGAGUCGCCAAGGCACCAGGACAGUGUGUAUCGACUCUGUCGAAUCCGAGACUAAAGGACCAACUGGAGUUCACAAUGGGUGAAGGACUGUGUCUGAUCCUCGAGAAUGUUGAAGAGGAAAUCGAUCCCAUUCUCGAUCCUGUCCUGGAGAAGGCUAUUGUGAAAAAGGGCAAGAAUCU